ACUGCUGGGAAGGGCUGACGUGCCCGAAGUCCAGGCCUUGGGCAGCUGCUGGGAUGGCGAGUCAGCGAGUGUUCCCUCUUUCCUGUGUGGUGCAGCAGUAUGCCUGGGGGAAGAUGGGCUCCAACAGCGAAGUGGCCUGCCUGCUGGCCAGCAGUGACCCACUAGUUCAGAUCUCAGAGGACAAACCAUAUGCAGAGCUGUGGAUGGGGACGCACCCCAAGGGGGAUGCUAAGAUCCUUGACAACCGAAUUUCCCAGAAGACCCUAGGCCAGUGGAUUGCUGACAACCAGGACUGCUUAGGCUCAAAGGUCAAAGACACCUUUAAUGGCAAGCUGCCCUUCCUCUUCAAAGUACUCUCAGUGGAAACAGCCCUGUCUAUCCAGGCACACCCUAACAAGGAGCUGGCAGAGAAGCUGCACCUCCAGGCUCCACAGCACUAUCCCGAUGCCAACCACAAGCCAGAGAUGGCUAUUGCCCUCACCUCCUUCCAGGGCUUGUGUGGUUUCCGGCCAGUUGAAGAGAUUGUGACCUUUCUGAAGAAGGUGCCUGAGUUCCAGUCCCUGAUUGGAGAUGAUGCCACAGCACAGCUGAGGCAGAGCAUGAACGGGGACUCCCAGGCUGUGGCCUCUGCUCUGCAGAGCUGCUUUUCUCAUCUGAUGAAGAGUGAGAAGAAGUUGGUGGUGGAACAACUUAACCUAUUGGUGAAGCGAAUCUCCCAACAAGCAUCUGCUGGAAACAGCAUGGAGGACACUUGUGGCGAGCUCUUGCUGCGACUGCACCAGCAGUAUCCUGGUGAUAUUGGAUGUUUUGCCAUCUACCUCCUGAACCUGAUAACCUUAAAGCCUGGGGAAGCCAUGUUUCUGGAAGCCAAUGUACCUCAUGCCUAUCUGAAGGGAGACUGUGUGGAAUGCAUGGCAUGUUCGGACAACACAGUACGUGCUGGCUUGACACCCAAGUUCAUCGAUGUGCCAACUCUGUGUGAAAUGCUCAGCUACACACCCACCCCCAGCAAAGCCAGGCUGUUCACACCGACACAGAGUCAGGAUGACCCAUACCUCUCCAUCUAUGAUCCCCCUGUACCAGACUUCACUGUUAUGAAGAUGGAGGUCCCUGGCUCCAUCACUGAAUACAAGGUCUUGGUACUAGACUCUGCCAGCAUCCUUCUGAUUGUGCAAGGGACAGUGACAGCUACCACACCCACUGUCCAGGCUGCAAUUCCCCUGCAGCGUGGUGGGGUGCUCUUCAUUGGGGCCAAUGAGAGUGUCUCGCUGAAGCCUACCAUGCCCAAGGACCUGCUGAUAUUCCGGGCCUGCUGUCUGCUGUAGAGACCACAGCCUUCCCUGUUCCCUGGCCAGUCAGCUCUGUCCUCCAGCCCCUCUUCUCAGGCCGAGCCCAAGCCCCUUGUAGAAUUUGGGUGCACUCUAGUAGAGUACAAGUAGUGUUUGGUGUAAUUCCAGAGCAGGCUCAGGCAGAAGCAGCCUCAGGAUGAGGGGCCUGUGUGAAGACUGAGGCCUGCCACUCCAUUUGUAUUCUCUCAACACUCCUUGCUACCUCAGAGCCAGACCUGUGUCCACUCGGGAGACAGCAGCUCUGUUCUAGCUAAGGCAUUAAUUAGGCUGUCUGACAUAAAGUAACCCAGCAUUAGCUCAGCAUCUAUCUGAGUGACAGGCGAGGUAAUGUUGAAGAACAGGAUUCCUGCUCUGGGACUGCCUGCUUGCUCAGCUGCAGAGAAGAAAAGGAAAAGGGUAGGCCUGUGGACAAAAGCAGCUUCCUCCCUCUAGCUCUGUCAAACUAAUUAAAGAUUCUUAUGUUGAGGCUACAGGGUAAAGAGCAGUCAAGUCUAGUAUUCCUGUCCCUGAUGUGGGCGGAAAGAGCGCUCUGGAUGUUGUCCAAUUUUUCUUUUAGCCAUGCUUCGUACAGCUUCUUGGGAGUGGGCAGGCUGGAUUUCAGAACUUAUAGGAAGGAGUGGGAGAGGAAGCCAGCUUCAGCCUCAGAUGCACAGCUUGCAGGCAGGCCUUAGGCCUUGCUUAUAUUUUUACUUUGAGAUAGGGUCUCUCUGUAGUACCAAUUGUCAUGGAACUUGCUAUGUAGACAGGCAGGCCUGCCUCUGUCUCCCAAGUACAGGGAUUAAAGGUGUACAGUAUCAA